AUGGCUGCGACCUCACAAACCCUCAGGCAACAGGUUUGGGAAGGCUGUCUACCACUACAGAUAACUCUAUCAAAGUCAGAGUGCAGAGUAUUUGAUAAGGCGGAUUCAUAUAUUAUAUCAUUCCCUCGUCUGUCAUAUCUACCAUUCCUAUUACCCAGGCUACUUGACUUCUUCAAACCAUAUCUUAUUGGCUCUGACCCCGUAUACCCAUACCAAGGCUGGUUCGAGUUCGAAGGAGUUCCGCUGAAAUGGCACUACCCCGUGGGCUUGCUUUACGAUCUAUACGCCAGCACGGAGCCAACACAAGGGAAAGAUGAUGAUAGAGAUCAAAGGUAUACAUGUCGGGAAAACCUGCCAUGGAAGUUAACAUUACAUUUUCAAGACUGGCCUGAUCAGGAACUUGUUGGUCUUGAUGAAGAGGGGAGGGUUAUGCAUGACUUCUUCAUGAAUAGUGUCAAGGAGGCGGAUUUUGUUCGCAACGGCACUGGAAAGAGCAUUAUGGCGCUUUCAAGAGAAGAUUCAAAUAAGCUCUGGACAUCCAUACAAGAGCACUCCUUUCAAGCCUUCCAUCGGGUUAAUAAUACACUCCUACCGAAUCUAUCCACUCCAUUCCGCAAUAUACCAUUGCGAGCAUAUCUUCCUAUUACGGCGGAGCCUGGGAAAUCGUCCAUCAAAGUUGUGCAGUCUCAGUUUCCACCAAAAAUAGCGGCCUCAGCACCAGAAGGAACCGAGAAGCAAACACAAACCAUCGGAACGGCGCUUCAUUCUAUAGUACCCAGCCUAUUCCCGGAUGAUAAAGAUAUAAGUACGGCGACGCCUAUUUUACAUGGAGCUGCAGUCCCAAUGAAUGCACCCGUCGAGGAGGUGGUGCGGUGUGCGGCAUAUGCUGAUGGGUGGUUAAACGUUGUCAUCCGGAUUCAUGGGUGA